GUCAUUAUCACAGGAAUGAAGGACAGGACAGAGUGUUGUAUUUGAAAAAAUAUAAAAUAGCUACUAGGUUGUGUUUCAAGUGCACUCUGAUCAUGUAGAUGAAAACCACAAGUGAAUAUGUCGUAGAGGUUCUUAGGGACUGGACUUAGAUAAGGAAGAAUUACAAAAAAGAAAGAAGCCACUGUCAUGCAUAACCAGGUCAUCCAGUGUUUCGAAGGUAUUCUGUUAAAUCUAUGCUGUCUGAAGGAUUUUUUGAGCUUGUUAUUGGAGCACUCUUUUACUUUUUUGAGUCGUUUGUGCGGCUGUUUGUCCAGCCACCCCCAAAGGACGUGGAGGGAGAGAUUGUACUAGUGACCGGAGCAGCUAAUGGCAUUGGUAAGCUAAUAGCAAAGGAAUUUGGACGCCAUGGGGCCACUUUGGUUCUCUGGGAUGUCAACUGGGAAGCCCUGGACCGGACAGCACGGGAACUCCGACGGAUCCUGGAUGUGCGUGUGUACGCCUACGCGUGUGACUGCAGCCGCCGCACAGAAGUCUACAAAGUUGCAGAACUGGUGAAACGAGAAGUUGGGGAUGUGUCCAUACUAGUAAACAACGCAGGGGUAGUGACUGGAAAGUACACAUUCACAGAGGCCCCUGACAAUUUGGUGGACAGAACUCUCCGAGUCAAUGUUGCAGCACACUUCUGGACUUACAAAUCAUUCCUUCCACCAAUGAUAUCACGAAACCAUGGGCAUCUGGUGUGUAUUGCAUGUCAUGGUGGACUGUUUGCGAUGAAUGGAUUAUCAGACUACUGUGCCAGCAAAUUCGCAGCUGUGGGAUUUGCUGAGUCUAUUGCUCUGGAGCUUCUGGUGCUGAAGAAGGAACGCAUUAAAACCACCAUCGUCUGCCCUUACUUGAUCAAUACCGCUAUGUUUGGAGGGUGUCAGACAAAAUGGCCAUCUUUUCUGCCUAUUAUUGACCAGAAAAAAGCAGCAAAGAGAAUAGUUGACGCAGUUCUGAGAGACAAAAUGUAUGUCUUGCUCCCAUCCAGUUUGUACUUUCUAGUGGCUAUUAAGAGCUUCCUGCCUGCCAAACUGGGAAUCAUCUUUGUCAACUUUUUUGGAGGGCUGGACCUGAUGGAUCGGUUCAGAGGGGUCCCUGUGCCAGCUGCCUCAUACAAGAAACGACAAAGAGAAGACAGUGUUGGAGAUCCAUUAUAUUACAACUAAAUAAAAUACAUGACAGAAAUACAUGCUGACAGAAAUGCUGAAAUUUACUUAAAGAUGUAGUCCGUGAUUCGGUUUUUAUGACAGGUUGUUGGUAUAUUUGUGCUGAACAGCCACGAAUCAAAUUAUACCAUUCUUUCAAUGAUACAGAAGUGUUAGACACAGCAUUGAACAUUGUUAUAUGGGUAUUGGUAUAAUAUAUGAUUGUGAUUGUUUAUGGUUCGGUCCAAGCGUUUGUAAUGGACAGUUUGAGGAUCAAUUUUCUGAAUGUGACAACAAUGUAUGGGGUUAGAAUCGUGGACUGUACCUUUGUAUUAACAGUUGUAUUCUCCAAGGUUUUAUUAGCCAGGCUUACUUAUUUAUACUGUUCUAGGUGGUGAUGACAUGUAGAUUAGCUGCGGUCAGGAUGGGCAAUUCUUUACAAUGCAGCUGAACUUUCCAUUGGCAAAAAGUGGGCUAUGUCAACACUUAGCAGUCCGGGGGGAAAUAGGCCUAGGCCUACUGUUUUGAGAAAUACACUAUUUUGAGAGGAAAUACAAGUGUUUGAUCCAAC